AUGGUAUGUAUUGGUAUGAUACCAUUUCAGAACAAGACAAGUGUAACGUUCUGUUAUCGUUUCAGGCUCAAGGCUUUAACGGUUUCUCUCAAGGCACUCAAGUUAGCUGGUGUUCAUGGAGUCGCUGUUGAGGUUUGGUGGGGGAUUGUGGAGCGUUUCUGUCCUCUUGAGUUUAAAUGGUCGUUGUACGAAGAGCUCUUCAGGCUGGUUUCUGAGGCAGGGUUGAAGUUGCAUGUUGCUCUUUGUUUUCAUUCGAAUAUGCACUUGUUUGGUGGAAAAGGAGGCAUCGAUCUUCCACUCUGGAUCCGAGAGAUUGGAGAUGUCAAUAAGGAUAUAUAUUAUCGAGAUAAAAACGGAUUCUCCAAUAAUGACUAUCUGACACUUGGAGUCGAUCAGCUACCUUUGUUUGGUGGUCGAACCGCUGUUCAGUGCUAUGAAGAUUUUAUGCUCAGUUUUUCUACAAAAUUUGAACCGUAUUUUGGAAAUGUGAUUGAAGAAAUAGGUGUCGGUCUUGGUCCUUCCGGGGAGCUUAGAUAUCCUGCACAUCCUUAUGGAGAUGGGAGAUGGAAAUUCCCUGGUAUCGGUGAAUUCCAGUGCCAUGACAAGUACAUGAUGGACGACUUAAUGGCAGUGGCAUCUCAAGAAGGCAAACCUCAAUGGGGAAGCAGAGAUCCUCCAAGUGCCGGAUGCUAUAAUAGCUUUCCAUCUGGUGUGCCUUUCUUUGAAAAGGGCCAUGAUAGUUUUCUCUCUGACUAUGGCCGUUUCUUUCUAGAAUGGUACAGUGGGAAGUUGAUUUGUCAUGCUGAUGCUAUUCUCGCAAAAGCAGCCGAUGUUUUGCGGAGAGGACAGCAAGAGGAGAAAAGCUCUGUAAUGUUGGUUGCAAAAAUUGGAGGAAUCUAUUGGUGGUAUAAGACAUCUUCACACCCCGCAGAACUAACUGCCGGUUACUACAACACCGCACUCAGGGAUGGUUAUGAUCCUGUUGCUUCUGUCUUGUCUCGCCAUGGGGCUGCUCUGCAUAUCCCUUGUUUAGAUAUGGCGGACUGUGAAACACCUGAGAAGUAUCUUUGCAGCCCUGAAGGAUUGCUUAGACAGAUACACGAUGUUUCGAAGAAGAGGACAAUACAAGUGACUGGUAGAAACACAAGCGAAAGAUUUGAUCAGAUGGGACUAAGGCAAAUAAGAGAGAACUGUGUGCAACCGAAUGGGGAAACUGUAAGAUCUUUUACAUUUUUCAGAUUGAAUGAGAAGAUCUUUAGGGUCGAGAACUGGAACAACUUUGUUCCUUUUAUUAGGCAGAUGAGUGCAGAUGUAUAA